AAGUUAAGUGUGAGGCCGGCCUGGACUCCCUGAGGCCACCGAAUCAAGCAGUAAGCAAGUCAGUCACGAUGCUGAUCGGUUGGCAGGCUGCUCUGACACCGAGCCUCAGGCCAGACAUUGCCAGUGACGACCCCACCCCCCCUCCAGCCCCGCACGGUUUCUAACAGACGCACCCCUCUGCGUGGGGGCGGGCGAGCAGCUGGACCGAGGGAGGGAAAGGACGGACGGUGGCCUCGGACCCUGCAAGAGGCUCCGGGCCCCAGGAGGGGCGGGCGUGGCCCAGUGGUGGUUGUAACUCGGCAUGAGCUCCAGAGGCGAAGAUGAGAGACUUGGUUAUCUGGGAGCCUACCUUACUUUGACGUGUCUUAAGAGCUCGGGGUUGGCUGAUGAGGCAGAGAGCUUGAAGAUGGCCCAGAGGCACCCAGCCAUCCCUGGAGCAGGCAGCAGAGUGGACUUCCCUGCUGUCACCGUCAGGUGGCCGGGUCCCAGAGACUUUUGUCUCCUGUCUUCCUUUCAACAACUUGGUGAGUUGUCAGAGACUUGCAGCUAUGAUAGGAAAGAAAAAGGCCCAGCGUUAACCUGUGAGCGUCUUGAAACGCCAAGCCGAGGCUCAGCCCAUCCCGCAGCAUCUCCCACUCAGAGAAGGAUACCCAUGUUCCCAAGGAAGGAGAAGCGGGGAAGCCCGGAGCUCUGUGAGACCCCCAAAGCCAGAAGGAAACCGCGCUGCUUACGCAGGCGGCUCGACCUGUCUUUCAUGCUUCUGAAGGGGGACUCUGACCCGCAGAGCGGUUCUCUAGAAAGCAGGGUAAGCCAUGUUCUUAGCCCAGGAAAGCAACUUCCAGCCGGGGCUUCCAGUCUCCCCAAGCAGGACAACUUCAGCCCAUUAGUCACCAGCACCAUAAAAACAGAGGGUGUGCCCUCCAGCAGCCAGAGCUCCAGGCUAAGUUUCUCCCAGAACAAGACUUCCACAAUUGAUGACUCCACGGGAGACUGCAGCUUAUUCGAAGUGGAAUGUCUGUCUCCAAUCCAAGGCGAUGAGUUUAAAGGUUCUGUCACACACGACUUUAGCGACAGCAGUUUAAGUGUUAGUGAUGAGAACACGUGUCCCGAACUUCUGGGCUCCUCCGGUGGUAGCCAGACGUCCUCAGGAGCAGAUGUAACCACGUCUGUGACUCCAGUGAGCCGUCUCAUGUCCAAAAUUAGAUUUCAAGGCAGUCAAGCGCUUUGUUCUUCGGCGGAGGUGAGAGACAGCGUUUCCACACCUGAAGACAGUGGCUUCGGCUCGCUCACCUGGGAUAAGUCAGAAGACUCCCUCUCCGACCAAGAGGGCUCUUUGCAAGAGCUGCUUCAGAAACACAGGGGGACGCCCAGAGCCGGGGACCUGAUAAGAAAGCCAAAGCAUCUUGGGAGGCAGAGAAGACUGUCCACCCUCCGCGAGCAGGGCUCCCAAUCAGAGACGGAAGAGGAGAAGCAGCCGGUCCCUCCCACCUCUGCAGCGGGCGUGGGCGAGAAGAUCCGGGACCCGACUCCAAGCUUUCAGAACUUAUCAAACACCCCAGCCUUGCAGCUAGUGCAUGCGCUCUUCGUGAAGAGCAAAAGGAAGCAGUUCCCGCAGGAGGAGGUCUUCGAGGAAAGGGACGAGGGGACAAUAGGCAGGUUGCAGCGUGUUCUGGCCGGACUGAUUGGCAAGAAGAUGGGCAUAGAGCAGCUGGAUAUCUUGACAGAGUUACAGUAUAGAAAUUUGAAGCAUGUCUUAGCUAUGGUUUUAGCUUCCUUGACCUCAGAGAGUUUAUACAGUGCUUGGAACGUCAGCAGAAACUGGCGUGACAUUGUGGCGCAGGAUAAAAAGGCAAACGAGAGGAGGAAACUUUAUAUCAUACAGUUGAAGGCAGAUGCUCAGGCGGCUGUGUUACACGUCCAGGAGGCUGGCACUCGGCUCCGGCUCCUGAGUCGCUCAGCCCUAAGAUCCGUGCAGGCACAGGCACCGGCUCCCACUUCUCAGAAGGAGCAAGUGCCCAUUCUGUCCCCUUGGGGAGAUGUUUUGACACCUGUAGCAAGUGCUUCGCUCACCCACCUGAGGAGUAAGCAGGACCAGUAUGUCAAGGUUGCCAGGACGCUUUUCAGUGACGAAGCGCUAAAACCUUGCCCACGGUGCCAAUCCCCCGCCAAGUACCAGCCGUAUAAGAGAAGGGGGCUGUGCAGCCGUGAGGCCUGCGGCUUUGACUUUUGUGUGUUAUGUCUGUGUGCUUACCACGGGUCGGAAGAGUGCAGAGGAGGGCCCGCCAGGCCGCGGAGCGGUAAGGACGCUCUGCCAGGGAGCGCCCAGAGCAAGCGGAAUUUAAGACGGCUCUAAGGAGCCCGAGGGACCAGCGGGUUCCGUCUGACUUAAAAUUAUGACUGUUCUGAAGACAUGCAAAUCUUCCUAUUGAUGACAGAUGAUGAUUUAUUUCCUGUUUUGUAUGCGUUAUAAUGCACACCAUUGUAUAUUUUCUUUAAAGCGAUGAGUUUUGAGAGGAUUUUAUUUUAGUAUUUCAUAUCCCCACUUUAAAUAACUUAAUGUUUUAAAUAAAGAAGUUUCAGGGUUGUUA